GUUAGUUUUAAAAGUUUGGUGUUGAUGUAAACAAACUGUGUUUCCAGUAAAACAGUAAUGCUUGUGUUUUCUAUUUAUUUUAUGCAUUCAAAUGUUGCUUGUUUUACACUUAUUAUUAGUUUUUCACUGUGGAGACGCCGUUUACCAUGAAGAUAAUUAUUUUACAGUUCGGACACAAAUUGUUCAACCACCAGUUGACACCAGAGUACUUUUGGGACAAACUGCUACAUUGCAGUGCAAAAUUUCUUCGGAUCCCACAGUUCCAUAUCAGUUAGAUUGGUUUCGUGAUAAACAAUUAAUAAGCCCUCGUGGAUCCCAAAGAAUCAGAAUUCUCAGUGAUGGAACAUUAGAAAUUGAAGCUGUCAGGGCAUCAGAUGUAGGCUUUUACACCUGUUCUGUCCUCUCUCCUGGUGGCAAUGAAACGAGGUCUGCAAAAUUAUCAGUAAUAGAGCUACCUUUCUCUCCAUCGAGUGUUAAAGCUGAAAGAGUUGAUAAUGGAUCACAAAGAGCAGUAAACGUAAGUUGGACACCAGGUUUUGAUGGCAAUAGCCCAAUAAAGAAGUAUAUUGUGCAAAAAAGAGAAAUACCAGAGCUGGUUCCCCCCAUUGCAGGACCGAUUCCAGAUCCGCUUCUCAACUGGGUCACUGAGCUCAGUAACGUCUCAGCCGCUCAGAAAUGGGUGCUGUUGACCAAUCUCAAGGCUGCUGCUGUGUACCAAUUCAGGGUAAGCGCUGUAAACAGCGUUGGCGAGGGACCACCGUCCGACCCCAGCAACCAGGUUAUGUUGCCGCAAGAAGCUCCCUCCGGUCCACCUGUUGGCUUCGUGGGAUCGGCUAGGAGCUCUUCAGAGAUAAUAACCCAGUGGCAACCGCCGUUGGAAGAACACCGAAACGGUCAAAUUCUUGGAUACAUUAUACGAUACAGGCUGUACGGGUACAAAGAAAGUCCUUGGACUAUCAGGAAUAUUACAAAUGAGGCCCAGCGAAACUAUCUCAUCACUGAUUUAAUAACCUGGAAAGACUACGUAGUACAAAUCGCAGCUUACAACAACAAAGGUGUUGGAGUUUUCACGGACGGAGCCAAAAUCAAAACCAAAGAAGGAGUACCUGAAGCGCCCCCUAUAAUAAAGAAAGUUAAAGCUUUGAAUUCGACGUCUAUACAAAUAUGGUGGACGCCUCCGGAUCCACAGAAGAUAAACGGCAUAAACCAGGGCUACAAAAUCCAAUCGUGGCAGUGGCAUCCAACCAGAGGCAACAUCGAAACGAACAUGAUGACUGUACAUCCAAAUCUUCUAGAUCCAUAUGCCGAACAAACAGCUGUUAUGACUCAUCUCGAAAAGUUCAAAGCUUACAAUAUCACUGUACUUUGUUUUACUGAUCCUGGUGAUGGACAGAUGAGCGAGAUGCAUCACGUAAAAACCAAAGAAGACGUUCCAAAUGAAGUUUCCAACUUACAAUUCGACGAAAUCAGCGACAGAGCGGUCAAAGUGCUGUGGAAACCCCCUAAAAAGAUUAACGGUAUUCUAAAAGGUUACCAGCUAACAUACCAAAUAAAAGACGAACCUAGCACACUUCGCGUCAAAAAUUUGACAGCUGACACUUUGAGCAUAAAGGUCAAUGAUCUUCAAGCCACUACACAUUAUCGUUUUGAAGUAACAGCUUGGACGGCCGUUGGACCAGGUCCAUCUAAGAUAGCGAUCAUACAGUCCGGUGUGGAACCUGUACUGCCACAUCCGCCUUCUAAGCUAGCUUUGUCCAACAUCGAAGCGUUUUCUGUGGUAUUACAAUUUACUCCAGGUUUCGAUGGGAAUUCUUCGAUCACGAAAUGGACCGUAGAAGCCCAAACGUCAAGAAAUGCCUCUUGGUUUGUUGUCUAUGAAAUUUCUGAUCCGGAUGCGACUACCAUCGCUGUAACAGGUCUUGUACCUUUUACAGUUUAUAAAUUAAGACUGAUCGCGAAUAAUGUUGUCGGAGCUUCCAUACCAAGUGAGUCUACUAAGGAAUUUCAAACUAUUCAGGCCCCACCGGCAUUUCCUCCGAGAAAUGUCACAGUUAGAGCAAUGAGUGCCACAGAAUUGAGAGUUAGAUGGAUCCCUCUACAGCAAAUAGAAUGGUUUGGAAAUCCAAGAGGUUACAAUAUUACAUAUACGGAAAUUCGUACUGGGUUUGCUCACAGCUCCAAUAUCGAAGAUCAUACAGCAAAUUCACAUGUAAUUAUCGGAUUGGAGGAGUAUGCUUUGUAUGAAGUAAAGAUGCAAGCUUGCAAUGACGUAGGAUGUUCACCAUCAGGACCUACAGCUCUUGAAAGAACCAGAGAAGAUGUUCCUUCUUUUGGUCCCAUGAACGUAGAAGCUAAUGCCACAUCUUCGACAACCAUAGUGGUAAGAUGGGGUGACGUCCCGAAGGAACACCAAAAUGGUCUUAUAGAAGGCUUCAAAGUGUUUUAUGCUGCUGAAAAUAAGGCUCCCGUACAUCACAAACAAAUAGCGAGCAAUUCAACAUUUACUGCCACACUUACCGAACUGAAGAAAUUUGUGGUAUAUCACAUUCAAGUUCUGGCGUACACGAGGUUGGGAGAUGGUGAGCCCAGUGCACCUGCUGUUCGAGUUAGAACAUAUGAAGAUGUUCCGGGAGCUCCAUCAAACGUUUCCUUUCCAGACGUGUCGUUAAGUUCAGCUCGUAUAAUUUGGGACGUUCCUGAAGAACCGAACGGCGAAAUUGUAGCCUACAAAGUAACUUACCAUCUGGACAACGUAAAAACCAACAAUAAGUUCUCAAAGGAGUUUCCACCUUCUGAGAGAACUUUCAGAUUUACUCAGUUAGAGCCGGAGAAAUACUACUUGUUCUCGGUGACAGCUCAAACUAGACUCGGUUGGGGAAAGACGGCGCAUGCCUCGGUUUAUACGACAAAUAACCGAGAUAUACCACAACCUCCUUCUAUGCCACAGAUCAGUAAGAGCCAGAUCCAAAGCCAUCACAUCACUUUCAGUUGGACAUCAGGUCGGGAUGGUUUUGGCCCUCUCAGAUACUAUACUGUCCAGAAAAUGGAGAAUUUAGGCCCAUGGCAAUCGUUACCUGAAAGAGUUGAUCCUCAACUUAAUUCCUAUACAGUCUCUGGUUUAAAACCGUUUACAUUGUAUCGGUUUCGAAUAAGAGCAACGAACGAUAUCGGACCGAGUCAGUUCAGUCCAGAAUCGAUAGAAGUCCGCACUUAUCCAGCGGCUCCAAGCAAAGGAGUUAGUGGUUUAAAGGUAAUCCCCAUCACUACCACUAGCGUUGAGGUAUUCUGGGAAGCCAUAGAUGAGCAGUACUGGUGCGGUGAUAGUAAAAGUGGUGGGUACCGAGUUGUAUUUCAACCUGUCUCCGAUUUUCCAACUGCUCUUCAAGCAACGCCUAAAGAAGAAGUUAUGGGUAUCAAUGCUAACAAAAUGGUCCUCACCGAACUUCUUCAAGACAGAAACUACGAGAUCGUCGUCAUUCCAUUUAAUGCGCAAGGAGAAGGUCCUAUCAGUCCGCCGGUGACUGUGUAUGUGGGCGAGGCGGUACCAACUGGGGAACCACGAGGUCUUCAAGGAGAACCGGUGUCUUCUACCGAAGUUAGACUUAGGUGGAAACCACCACAACACCAGAUGCAGAAUGGAGAACUUCUAGGAUAUAAAAUAUUUUAUUUGGUCCUAAACUCACCGCAAAAAUUGGACGAAGGCAAAAAAUGGGAAGAAGAAAUAGAAGUGGUACCAGCAUCGACCACCACUCACAGCUUGGUAUUCCUCGACAAAUAUACCGAAUAUAAAAUUCAAGUAUUGGCGUUUAAUCCAGCUGGUGACGGGCCCAGAUCUCAACCGGUUCGAGUAAAAACGUUGCAAGAUUUGCCUAGUGCGCCGACGAAUUUGACUUUUUCCGAAAUUACGAUGAACAGUUUGACCGUGUCGUGGGAUCCACCUAGGAAGAGAAAUGGUGAUAUCGUUAGUUAUAUCGUUACAUAUGAAACCACUGAAGAAAAUGAACGUUUUAGCAAGCAGGUGAAGCAAAAAGUAACGACGACCUAUCUCCAAGUUCCUAGCUUGGAGGAAGAAGUAACAUACACGUUUAAAGUGAAAGCACAGACAAUCGAUUACGGUCCUCCUAUCGCGAGCAACGUCACUACCGGACCACAAGAAGGUUCGCCUAGUACACCGAAGGAACUUAGCUUGGUGAAAACUUUAACUAGUAUCGAGUUGAGGUGGUUCAAUGGAGCCACAGGCAAGGGGCCUAUAUUGGGGUACUACAUUGAAUCCCGGAAAAAAGACGACAUUAGGUGGCAAACAGUAGCAAAAACCACCAACGGUCCUCUACAAGAGUUCACCGUACUGUACCAGAGCCUGUUACCUUCGACUUCGUACAAAUUUAGGGUAAUCCCCUACAACAAAUUCGGAAUAAGCUACCCCGCAUAUUCCGAUGAAUCAGUCCUGACCCCUUCGAAGCUAUAUAUGGAAUACGGACUUCUGCAACUUACUCCGUUCUACAGACAGACCUGGUUCAUGGUCGCUUUGGCAGCUAUGUCCAUUAUCAUAAUCAUCAUGAUAAUAGCUAUAUUAUGUGUGAAAAGCAAAAGUUAUAAAUACAAACAAGAAGCUCAAAAAACCCUAGAAGAAUCCAUGGCGAUGUCGGUCGGCGAUCACCAGGACCUGGCGCUGGACUACUAUCGUUCCCGAAACGGUAACGCUAGCACCAACAGCCUGUCCAAUCUCAAUAAGAAGGGAACGUUGUCUCGGAAGCCCCCUUCCCAUCAGCCGCCGCCGGUGGUAGGUAAAUCUCCGCCGAGGCCGUCUCCGGCCUCUGUGCCCUACAACUCGGACGAAGAAAGCUUAAAGGGCUACGACGAGAACCCGGACGAUAGUAGCGUCACCGAGAAACCUUCCGAAAUGAGUUCCUCUGAUUCUCAAGGUUCAGAGAGUGAAAAUGAGAGCGUUCGAUCCGACCCCCACUCGUUCGUCAAUCACUACGCCAACGUCAACGACACCUUACGACAAUCGUGGAAACGUCAGAAACCCGUUCGGAACUAUUCGAGUUACACCGAUUCGGAACCCGAAGGCAGUGCCGUCGUCAGUCUCAACGGGGGGCAAAUCAUUAUGAACAACAUGGCGAGAUCGAGGGCGCCUCUACCGGGUUUCUCGUCGUUUGUAUAAUAUAAGGAAUUUAUUAAGAGUAAAAGCGUGUGUCAUAAUAAAGCGGUAGAUGAAAAUUUGAUGAUAUUUUUGUGUAAUUUGGAAACGACGACACGUUUGUAGGAUUUUGACGAAAUAGGAAUGUUUUGUCGAUUCUAUUUGAGAUAGAAUCAAAACGUUUACAUAGUCCUAAUAGUAUUCUUUAUUUUUAUGAAAUUAAUUUGAUAUCUAAACAUUUUGUUGUUAAAAAAAAGUUUUUGGUUGAUUUAAAAAAUUUUCAUUCAUUAGUAAUGCUCUUACUAUGCUUUGUUACCUAUGGUAGGUAUAUACAGAUAUGUAUAUUUUUCUUUUCUAAUAUAAGACGAAUCAAAAGUAGUUUUAAAUAACGACAGACUGAUUCUGUAGUUCAAAUUAUACAAAUGUGUCGUGGUAAGUCUGUACGAUUUGAUACAUUUUGACAACUCUACUUAUA